GGAGUUAAACCGGUACUACACCGGACACACUACGCAUGCGCCACGUUAGAAGUCAGCCUAUGGUACUGUCGCACGUCACAGGAUUCCCCGGAAGAGGCGGGCCACUAGGUUACCGGAGGUGACGCUCGGUCGGAGAACUCAAAGCGAGCAGACAUGGCAGCUUCUGCGGAUGGCAAAUGGAAGGUGGUGGGGGGAAAGAGCAAGAAAAGUGGAGAGAAGAGGAGAGCGCUGGGGGAGAGCAAUGUCCCUCCGAACCUGUUCGCAAACACUGCCGGGGUUCCCAUUCAGUCGUCAGUGUAUGAGUUGGGUUUUGAGAAGAUGAUGAAGAAACAGAACAAGGAGCAGGUCCCCCCCAACAGCAGCAUCAACAGCUCCGAGCCCCAGCAGAACAAGAAGCAGCAGCAGAAUAGCGGGAAGAGUUCCAAAAGAAAUUCUGGGGGGAGUACGGUGAUGGUGCAGGGCAAGUUCCCCACUCUGGAGGAGGCAAUCCGAGCUCUGGACCUUGGUGAAUUUCAUCGGGAGAUGGAAAAGAGUCAGAGUAUGUUUCCAGAGAAUCCCCAUAUCUGGGUUAUGGACUUGGCAAGCUAUCUGAACUUUAAACUACAGACUGUGAAGAAUGACCCCUUGCCUCUGCAGCAGUCACAUGAUUACCCAUACUGUCUGGUGAGCAAGGAGCUGAAGACCGCCAUUAGAUCAGUGCUUUCUAAAGCCCCCUCUGUUUUGUAUCUACUGGUGGAUAAUUGUAUACGAUUAAUGCUGGAGGAGUUGGAGAAAUCUACAGGUGACCCUGUUCAUGGUUAUCGGAUUUGCAUCCAGGCUGUACUGCUCGACAAACCCAAGGCUGUGACCCUCGAUCUUAAGAAGUACCUGGAUAUGCUUCGUGCCCAACAAAGCAAGCCGGCAAAGUGUCUAACAAUCAUGUGGGUUGUGGGUCAGACAGGAUAUGUGGACCUGACAGAGGGGCUGAAAGUGUGGCUCGGUCUGAUGCUGCCAGUGCUGGGGAUCAAGUCUCUGUCACCCUACGCUAUAUCGUAUCUGGACCGCCUAUUGCUGAUGCAUUCUAACCUUACCAAAGGUUUUGGCAUGAUCGGCCCUAAGGAUUUCUUUCCUCUUCUGGAUUUUGCUUUCAUGCCAAAUAAUUCACUGACUGCCAGUCAGCAGGAACAGCUGCGAGACCUGUACCCCAGGCUGAAGGUUUUGGCGUUCGGCGGUACACCGGAGAACACGUUGCACACCUACUUCCCGUCCUUCCUGUCCAGGGCUACACCCAACUGCCCUUCCGCUAUGAGGAAAGAGCUUUUGCACAGUCUCUAUGAAUGUCUGAACGUUGACCCUCUUAGCUUUAGUGUGUGGCGCCAACUUUAUACCAAACAUUUACCGCAGUCAAGCCUGCUCCUGCAGCAUCUUGUUGCUUCCUGGCAAACAACGUCCAAGCCAAUGAGAAAGGCUGUGCGGGAGACGGUUCAGUCGUUCUGUGUGACGAAUGAGGAAUUCUCUGCCAAGGAUUCACAUUCAAAGGACAUUGAAGUGUGCGAGUCCGCAUGUCAGGCUCUGCUGCGGAAGAUGAAGGGCCAAGGCUUCCCAUGGUUCCGGCUCUGCCUCAUAGCACUCAUCUUUCUUUUUGGUUUCCUCAUUCACGAUGUCCGAACAACUGGCUCUAUCCAAGCCUCUUCAACGAUGAGCAUGCUGCAGCAGACUGGUGUGUUGGCAGUGUCGCAGCAGGCAUGGAGCAAAGUGUCGCACUACACCCAGCACGGUCACAGUUGGUUGGAGAGGAAUGUUCCUGUGUAUUACUCCCAGGCAGUGGAGGUGUUGGGACCAGGGCUGGAAAUAAUAUGGGAGAAGAGUCGUGAUGCGGCUAUUUACAUCGCACAACAUUCUUCAACAUCUUUUGUAUACUUAAAGGACAACCUGCCAAGGUUUAUUCAGUGGCUAAAUGCCCAGAUUCCUGACUCUGUCCACCAGUUUAUAGAGUACCUAAAAGAGCUGCUGCUCCUAAUCUAUCACAGAUAUCUUGUGCCCGCCACAGUGUAUUGUAUGACUGCUUUACAGACAGCAUGGCAGCAGUACGUUGAUUCGUGCAAUGGGGAGGUAACUUGGGACUGCACACGAGGCCACCUGACCAGCAUCACCCAAUCUUCAUGGACAUUUGUCCAGAACACCACAUUGGCCAUCAAGGACUGGGCUGUGGCCAUGAUAUCAAGUCAUUAGAUGCUAGCGGCUGUGACUACAAAAUGGACAGACGAUGGCUUAAUUUGGCUUUUACUCAAAUCCCGUAACACUUCUGUGAAAAGUCGUAGCUGUGAUGGGACCAGCGUGAACAAUCUGGGAUGAGAAGAGAAGCCAAUGAGAUUCCCCUGUAACUUGUAUUCCACAGCUGCUUUCUCCACCCCUUGUUCCAGAACAUAUUGAAGGAAUCUGGCAGAGCCAUGGUUUUACCAAGUUCUCCUGGGUCUUUGGGACAGAUGAUGUAGAAGCAUUCAUCAAUCUUUUGUUCUCCGGGGAUGUGUUGGACUUUGACAUCGGUGGCACAAUCUACUGUUUUCCUGUGGACUUGGGUCUUAAUUUUUGUUUGUUUUUAUAAGUGUGGUUUGUCUCUGUGGCUUGUCUGCAUCAGCCAUCUUGCGUUCAGUGCGCAGUCGUGAGUGUUGUGUGCAAGUCAGUCUUAAAUGUCUGUUACUCUCAUCCCAACAUUCUGUUGUACAGGCAACAUGGAUCUUUGUUUUUAGCCAAAUAAAGAAAUUUUUGUUUUUCUGUCUGCUUGCUCAGGCUGUUAAACCAUAUUAUAUGUCCCAGUCUGGAAGCUACUACUAUGGUUGACGUUGAGAAGUAUGCAUUGACUCAUUCUACUCUGGCUUCAUAUCAUACUUGGUUAAAUAAAAUCAUCAGUAUUUCAGAACACAA